UUCUUUCAUGCCACACUUCUGCAAAGGAGCGAGCAGUUUGUUGUGUUAUCGCGUCUCGCGAAUUUCCGACCACGAACCGUUAAUUAGUUGUAAAUAACGACGAAAAAAAAAAAAAAAUAGAAAGUUUAACGAACAACAUGUGUUAUUAGUGCGAACGGUCCUCGGACUUUGAGGAAAUUAGCGCGUACGUUUCUCUAUCGCGAUCGAUUCGCAUUCGAGCUGGACAAAAAUUCUCGACGAUGAUAAAGAUGGAAACCGAUAAAAUCGACGAUUCAACGACCAACAAUUUGCAAUUCCAGAUGACUGUACUGUCGCCACCGUACGAUACGGCCCGCAAGAAAGAACCGUCGGCGACAUUCAACGCGGAACGCGAGGCUUGUUUGAAAUAUUUCGAAAAAUGGAGCGAAACCGAUCAGGUGGAAUUCGUCGAAAAUCUUUUGGCUCGGAUGUGUCACUAUCAACACGGUCACAUCGAUUCCUAUUUGAAGCCGAUGUUGCAAAGGGAUUUCAUCUCGCAAUUGCCAAAGAAAGGUUUGGAUCACGUGGCCGAAAACAUCCUAUCCUAUUUGGACGCAGAUAGUCUCAGAAAUGCCGAAUUAGUGUGCAAAGAAUGGUUCAGAGUGAUCUCCGAAGGUAUGCUGUGGAAGAAAUUGAUCGAACGCAAAGUCAGAACCGAUUCGUUAUGGAGAGGAUUAGCAGAACGUCGAAUGUGGAUCCAAUACCUGUUCAAACCACGACCGGGCGAAAACCACCGUCCGCACGGCUUCUAUCGAGGCCUCUUUCCCAAAAUCAUCCGCGACAUCGGCAGCAUCGAAUCGAAUUGGCGUAACGGCAAACACGUCCUUCAACGGAUCAAUUGUCGAUCGGAGAACAGCAAAGGCGUUUAUUGCUUGCAGUACGACGAUCAAAAGAUCGUUUCGGGUUUGAGGGACAACACGAUCAAAAUAUGGGACAGGAGCACGUUGCAAUGCACCAAAGUGUUGAUCGGUCAUACGGGCAGCGUUUUGUGUUUGCAAUACGACGAUAAAGUGAUUAUAAGCGGUUCGAGCGAUUCGACUGUAAGAGUGUGGAACGUAAAUUCUGGAGAAAUGGCAACAACUUUAAUACAUCACUGCGAAGCCGUUUUGCAUCUCAGAUUUAACAAUGGAAUGAUGGUCACUUGUUCAAAGGAUCGUUCGAUAGCCGUAUGGGACAUGGUAUCAGAAACGGAAAUAUCAUUACGUCGAGUAUUGGUCGGUCAUCGAGCAGCCGUAAACGUAGUCGAUUUCGAUGAGAAAUACAUUGUGAGCGCUUCGGGCGAUCGGACUAUAAAAGUGUGGAACACAUCAUCAUGUGAAUUCGUGCGAACGUUGAGCGGUCACAAACGCGGCAUCGCCUGUUUACAAUAUAGAGAUCGUUUGGUCGUCAGCGGUAGUUCCGAUAACAGUAUUAGGUAAGGAUCU